AUGGAAAGCAGAAUUGAACGUGUAGAAGGUCAACUUGGAGAGAUGAAGGAGGAUUUAUCUUCAGUAAAAACUGAUAUUGCAUCGGUUAAGGGUGACCUAUCAGCUAUGAUGAAGUUGAUGAAAGAGCAAUUAGAGGAGAUGCGUAGAGAAUCCAAAGGGAAGCACACCAUGAAUGAUGACCGAAGGCAUGAGAGCGAGAUGUCAGGGCAUAGUAAAGGUAAAUCUAACUCUCAAAAUUCUGGUAGCUCUCAAUCGCGCAUGCCUAGGAUAGAUUUCCCUAAAUUUUUAGGCGAAAAUCCUAUGCAAUGGAUCAGACAGUGCAACAAAUAUUUUGUUAUCAACCCUUUGAGUGAUGUUGAUAAAAUUCUCACCGCUGCACUAUACAUGGAAGGAAAUGCUGAUUUGUGGUAUUUGGAGUAUGUGGAGGGACUAGAUGGUCUUACUUGGGAGGAAUUUAGCUGUCUAGUUGUGGAAAGGUUUACUAAUCUGGAAGAAAAGAACUUAGUGGCACAAUUUAAUAAACUAAAGCAGGACUCUGAUGUUAUGUCAUAUACUCUGAAAUUUGAGGAGCUUAAGGCAUUCAUGGUUGGAGAUAAUCGGAAUUUACGGGAGGAUUAUUUUGUGAAGAGUUAUUUGAGUGGUUUGAAGGAUGAGAUCUCAAACAUGGUGGAGAUGUUUAACCCAAGAACUUUAGGCCAAGCUAUCAAGUUGGCUAAGAGGCAGGAGUUACAACUAUUAUCCUUGGGAAGGGGACCAAAGCAAGUCAGUAAAGUACAGGAGAGUAAUUGGAAAAAACCUCAGGAAAUUAAUACACCUAAGGGAUCUACUGUAGUGGGUGUUUCUGAUCCUAAAACAUCUAACUUUAGAAAGCUGACUCCUGAGGAAAUAGAGAUUAGAAGGAAGAAGAAGUUAUGCUUCAACUGCGAUGAACCUUAUCAGAUAGGGCAUAAAUGCAAGAAGCUAUUCACCAUCAUUUGUGAAGAGAGUCAGGAAGAGGUCGAGUUAGUAUUACACGCAGUGGAAGAAGCUGAGGAUGAUUUCCAGAUUUCUGUCAAUGCAUUAGCUGGGCAACUAGCUCCAGACACCAUCAGGUUGCAAGGAAAAGUUGGUAGACACUCUAUCACCAUACUGAUUGACACAGGGAGUACUCACAGCUUUCUUGAUGAGAUGGCUGCAAGAAGAAUUGGAUGUGAAGUAGAAUACACUAAUCCUCUAUUAGUCACCGUAGCUGAUGGAGGAAGGAUUGAGUGUAACACUCGAUGUCCAAAACUCGAGUGGGAAAUGGGGGCUUGUCAGUUCAGUUCAGCCAUGAGAUUAUUGAGACUGGGAGGGUGUGAUAUGGUUGUGGGAGUGGAUUUGUUGCGACAACUUGGACCAAUUACCUUUAAUUUUGGUGAGCAUAACAUCAAAUUUACUAGGGAGGGCAAGGACAUAUUGCUGCAAGGAAUGAAACAGGAGAUGACGUUAAAGAUGAUAACUGGAAAAAAAUUCAAACGAGCUUUACGGAAGGGAAAUGGUUCUCUCUUUGGGUGCCUUUUCAUGAUUUCUGCUGAAAAGGUAAUACAAGAUAGUAAACCAGCUUUAGAAAUUCAACCCUUGAUAUCCAAAUACUUACCCAUAUUUGAAACACCAAUCACUCUCCCACCAAACAGAAACCACGACCACAAAAUACCCCUAAAGUCAAACACUGUUCCCUUUAAACAGAACCCAUACAGAUACCCCUAUUUGCAACGUAUGGAGAUAGAGAAAUUGGUCCAAGAAAUGCUCGACACGGGAAUCAUACAACCGAGUACAAGUUCUUUUUCUUCCCCAGUUUUGUUGGUCAAAAAGAAAGACGGAACUUGGCGGUUUUGUGUCGAUUAUAGGAAGCUCAAUUCUUGCACUAUAAAGGAUAACUUUCCCAUACCUUUGGUGGACGAUCUAUUGGAUGAGCUUGGAGGGGCUGCUGUAUUUUCUAAGGUGGAUUUGAGAGCUGGUUAUCAUCAGAUCCGAAUGUGUGCAGCAGACAUCCACAAGACAGCCUUUAUCACUUCUAGCGGAUUAUAUGAGUUCAAGGUUAUGCCUUUUGGGCUAACAAAUGCUCCAGCAACGUUUCAAUCUCUCAUGAACACGGUAUUCAGGCCUUUUUUGGGUAAAUUUGUACUUGUAUUUUUUGAUGAUAUACUCAUUUUCAGCAAGAGUAUGGCACAACAUUUACUUGACUUGGAGAAAGUCUUUCAAGUUAUGGCAGAACAACAGUUGUUUGCUAAGGCAUCCAAGUGCUCUUUUGGUACUUCACAUGUGGAGUAUUUGGGGCAUAUCAUUAGUGACAAGGGGGUUGCUGCUGAUCCUCAGAAAAUUCAAGCAAUGGUGGAUUGGCCUAAACCAAAAAAUCUGAAAGCUUUAAGAGGAUUUCUGGGGCUUACCGGUUAUUACAGGAAAUUCGUGAGAAAUUAUGGCAGCAUAGCUCGUCCUCUUAAUGAUCUUACAAAGAAAGGUAACUUUAUAUGGGGGGAGAAGGCAGAAGAGGCAUUUCAUGCUUUAAAGAAAGCAAUGGUGACAGCUCCAGUGUUGGCACUACCAAAUUUUGAGUUACCAUUUGUGCUUGAAACAGAUGCUUGCUAUAAUGAGAUAGGUGCUGUUUUGAUGCAAGACCACCAUCCCAUAGCAUUCUUAAGUAAGUCUUUGGCUCCUAAAAACAGAGGCUUGUCUAUAUAUGAGAAAGAAUUCUUAGCCAUUAUACUUGCAACCGAGAAGUGGAGGUCAUAUUUGCUGCAUAAACAGUUUAUUAUUAAGACUGACCAUCAAAGUCUUAAGUAUUUGUUGGAACAAAAGAUUUCAAUCACUGUCCAACAUAAAUACUUAACUAAGUUGUUGGGCUUUGAUUAUACGAUAGAAUACAAGAAAGGGAUAGACAAUCGAGUGGCAGAUGCUCUUUCUCGACGGGAUCAAGCAGCUGAGUUACAGGCCAUUUCUAUUUGCCAACCUGUAUGGAUUAGUGAGCUAAUGCUGAGCUAUGAGGGAGAUCCCAUAGCCGAGGAGGCUGUAGCUGAAUGCACUACCACACCUUACAAUCUUUCUUUCUAUAGAUUUGUGGGUGGACUGUUACGAUAUAAAGGGAAAUUGUUUGUAGGAAGUGGUAAUGGUGUGCGGCAGAAAGUGAUUGAUUACAUGCAUAAUUCUAGCUAUGGUGGUCAUUCAGGAAUUAAUGCAACCUAUCAAAGACUGCACACUUGUUUUUUGUGGCCAGAGAUGCGCAGUGAGGUUCAGAAAUGGGUGCAACGCUGCCAUGUUUGUCAGCUCAUUAAGCAUGAACACGCUAGAACUCCCGGUCUUCUGCAGCCUUUGCCAAUUCCAAACCAAGCAUGGCAACACAUUACAAUGGAUUUUAUUGAAGGAUUGCCACCUUCAAAGGGCAAUGACACCAUUUGGGUAAUCGUGUACAGUCAUACCCCUAGGAAGUGGUGUAAUUGGUUGGCGCUUGCUGAAUUUUGGUAUAAUACAUCGUUUCAUUCAGCACUUACACUGACCCCAUUUGAGGCUCUAUACGGGUAUAAACCUACCCCGUUAGCACUUGCAUCUUAUGUUGAUCCUCAGGUGGUGGGCGUGGAGGCUACUAUACAAGAAAAGAUGGAUAUUCAACAGCAACUUAAAUGGUUGUUGCAGAAAGCGCAGGAUCGAAUGAAGGUGGCUGCCGACAAGCGACGCCAACACCGAGAGUUCCAAGUUUUGGAUUGGGUUUACCUUAAACUCAAACCAUACAAGCAGAGGUCUUUGCGGGUGCACAAAGAUUGGAAGCUUAGUCCACGAUACGCGGGUCCGUUCCAGAUUAUUCGGCGUGUGGGGAAGGUCGCUUAUGAGCUUGCCUUACCACCAACAUCUAAGCUCCAUCCAGUUUUUCACGUGAGUUUGCUGAAGCGUAGCGUGCAUGGUGACACCUCUGUUAGUUCUACGCUGCCAGAGUUCGAUGAGGAGGGUACCAUUAUGCUACAACCAAUCAAGAUUUUAGCACGACGGCUAGUUAAAAAGAAUAAUAGCCCGAGUGCUCAGGUACUAGUUCAAUGGGCGCACGCACCGGAAGAGGAGGCUACGUGGGAAGAUUUUCAGACAAUUGAGGCGAAAUAUCCAUUUCUCUUUGACUUGGGGACAAGUCAUGUGUAA